AUGGGAUCUAUCUCAACGCCACGAAUCCUUCCCUCGCACCUCCACGCCUUCGGCCCAUCUGCGCACCCAUCGACCUCUACAGUCCGUCUGCUCGGAAUCAUCACCACAGUUGCGGGGGAUCAGGCGACGCUCACCUGUGGCAGCGAUGCAGCCACCAUAAUCUUGAACCGUGAUUCCCACCUCCAAGUCAAUGCGAUGUACGAGAUUGUUGGGAAGGUCAUCAAUCUUGAUGGCGGCCAUGGCCUGGGCGUAAGAGUUCUGAGUAGUACCGAAUGGCCAAAGAAUGAGAGAGGAGAGCUUCCGGACAUCAAGCUAUUUGAGGCAGUGGUCGAUGCAACCCACAAGUGCAGGUCGAUCUUUUAUGAGGGCAGCGGUGAAGAUGCUGCAGAAAUGGGUGGUUAUUAG